AUGUGGACAUGCGUCUGGAAAGCUGAUGAGGAAUGGGCUAAUCAAGUUAACCACUCGAGCUCGACCCCCUAUCCGAUGCUCAAGUCCGAGCACAUGCGAGCAAACGACUCGGCGUCAGCGUGUGAAGGAGUUGGUUUUGCUUUCGAUGCGGUUAGGCCGAGAUGCUUCGUAUGCGGAGGCGCAUCAGAGUGGGCCGGUGAUGCGGGCGCCAGGCGUCAAGCGGCUGAGUCACGAGGAGUGAAGUCAGUUGCGGACUAA